CGGCCCUGCGUUCCACUUCUUAGCCUUCCCCCGAGUCCCUCCUCCGAGGGAGGCCCGGCUGGUGGCUCCCAGGAACGGGCUCCUCGGUGGUAGUCCCCAAAUUCUGGAACGGUCUCCCCGCCCGCGCGCGCUGGCUUGCCCUCCUCGGCGUCAGGUCACGGCCGCCGCCUCUGCUCGGGCAUUUGAGUCCUCCGACGAGCACGUGGGGCGGCGGCGGCGGCUGUUUUUUGUUUUUUUACGCAGGGCCAGCAGUUUGGUCUGGUUUUAAUUGGCGAGUCUUUAAAAUCUGGUUUUACAAUUUUAAUUUAACGCUAUCGUGUUUUAUUGUUGUUCGAUGUUUAGUACUGGGCUGCAUUUAUAGCGCCCUCUGUUGGAUGCUACAGGAACGGAAUUAUAAUAAUAAUAUGUAGGUGGCGAGUCCAGCAAUCUCUGCAUUGAAGGCUUCCCUCUGGACAGUAUGUCAUACUGGUCCCUGUAGAUUAUAUCUUUUCUCUGGGAUUAAGUCUCUAGUCUUCGCAGAGAAGUAGUUGGGGAACUCAGUUCUCAUUGGUGCUAGAGGAUAAGGGUUGUUUUCCUCGUGGGGAAGGGGGAAUCUACAGGAAAAGGUAGACAUGUAAUGCAGUUGAGAUUCUUGGCCUUCUUUCUUUCUUUUUUUUUUCUUAAAAAGGGCACUUGCGUGCAUAGAGACUUUCAGCAGACCUUUCAUUCCUUCAGUAAAGGUUAUUAGAGCAAAAGAGAAACUACGUAGAGCUCCUUUUCUCCAUCACAGGGAUAGACAAGCUUGCACUGCAGACAUUGAUGUGGGUAAACAGGUAGGUUGCUGCUGCUGCUGCUGAAAAUCUGAGUCAAUGAGCAAACCACCCAAGAUCAAUUAUUCAGCAUGUCUGCAAACAAGGAACAAAUUCCAGUGUUGCCAUCUACUUCAAAACAAGAGAUCAGAAAACCAAAAGAUACAUCUAUAGUACCUGCUGGCAAGGGUAAUAAAGAACUUCCUGAGUUGAGAGGCAGGCCAGGUGUGGUAAACCAUUCAAACCCUCUUUCCACAUCCUUACAACGUGAUUUCAUCCCAGAAGAAAUCUUCGUUGCUCUGACCUCUGCUGCCAAACCUGUCCCAUGCCCUGCUUUUUUAAGACCUCCCAGGAAGAAAAGUACAAAAGACUUCCAGGGUUGCAUCCGUACUGCUGAUGGAGUCUGGCAACAUCCUGUCCGCAGAAACAAGUUCCGAUACUUGAUUGAGCACCCCAUCUGCCUGACAGGAGCUGGAAGGGAUGUAUCUUUUCUUUAUGAUGUCGCUGCUGUAAAAGAGGCAAAGAACCCUCCCCCAACGCCUGUACCUCAUAAGACCUCAAAAGACUCGGAGCAGGACCCUGAUGCAGCUAAACUACCGGCAAGUGUAGCAGACAGUCUUGUUCCCGAGGAAUUUCACAUUGUGAAAAAUCGAGCUGUCCUGGGCUUGGAAUAUUAUGAUGAUAAAUAUACAACCUUACUUGAAGAUGAGCAGAACAGACUGCGAGUUUUCCCAUCCAUGAAGCCAUCUGGGAGGCUUGAGGUCCUUCAGCUGAUGAAGGUGAUGGACAGCAUGCUAGAAAGGGCAGGAGUAGAUAAUGAGGAAGUUGGAGUAUCAGGGCUGUCCCAGAUGCACAAUGUACUAGAGGUGUUGAAGGUGGAACAGAACAUCUACAAUAUAGUGUUUCAUGAGAUCAUCCGGCAAGUCAGCGUGGAUUGUGCAGAACGAGGAGAACUGCUUUCCAAGCUCAGACAAAGAUACGUGGAGUUGCUGGAACGGAUUCCCAGACAGAUGAGGACUCUCUACAAAGAAAUGAUGGCCCAGAGAGUAAUGGACAAGCACAUCACUGAUGAGUUAUUCUAUUUCAAGGAAGCCAUAGGACAGCUGACAAGGGAGCUGAAUACUAUCCGAGAACAUGACCGCAGAGCAACUGUCGAAGCAGAAAAAGCUUAUGAGGAGCUGGAAAAGGCAGUGCGUGAUUCGGAGAUGAACGCAAACCUCUUGGAUGAAUAUCGUGAGCUGUACGAACUGCAGCGAGCGAGGCUUGAGGGUCAGAUUCAUCAGCUAACGCAAGAAAAAGAGCUGUGGAGCAAUACUGCGUACGAUUUGGCCUACAAGGUGAUUGGAAAGAACAAGCUGAUCUUGGCUCGCAGAAUGUAUGACAGCGAAAAGGGCUGGAUUAAAGUCAUUAGGCACUUCAUAAUGCUAGUGGCAUCACAGGACGCCCUUGAUCUUUCCACUCUGCAGCAGCUGACGCAGGAGUUCCGGGAGCUCUUGAGCCAGAUUGGCACGGAGGUGGGGCAAGCUGAGGCAAUGAGUCGGGAGAGGGCCGGACGUAUUCAGGACGGUUUGACUGGCUGGCUCAAUUACUUCUACAAUCAUGUUCUUGGAAAGGGAAAAUACACUCCUGCAAAGGGAAUAGAUUUGUUGGAUCAAAUCCUUGCAGAUCUCAAGGUGUGGGAAAAGAUUUUGAAUGAGGAGUUGGCCCAGUAUGGCGGAGACGUGCUCCUCGUGAGGCAGGAGCCCCUCCAGACCGCUGCCAAGCUCCAGAAACAGUGGGUGGAGCUGGGGCUCGGUGUGCUGGCCCGUCAUAAAGAUCUCCAUGGCAAGAUGCCUUCUCAGCUGAAAAUGUUGGAGGAAGUCAACAAAAACUCCAACCGACUCUGCGAACAGUACCGGAUAAGGAUCCACGGAGAGAAUGGCUCUGCCAGGAUUUUAAUAAGCCUGAUCAACAGUUUGGAGGACUGGUCUUUCAAGUUGCUCACCAGCAAACAGAAGUCUGCUAUGCUCGAAGCUGAAUGGAUAAAAUUUUUUCAAGCUGUUUCUGAUUGGCUGGCCCAAAUAGAUGAUCUGCUUAAGUUUAUUGGCACUGUCGAGACUCCAGAGGAACGAAAGCAUAAAACGUUUACCACCAAUCCGGUGGUACCAGAGAAUCUGUUCAAGAAGAUUCAGCAGUGGAUUCUGACAACCACGAAUUGUUCAGAGAAAGAGCACGUGCAGCUUACUGUGGAAUCAACUGACCUCCACAAUACGCUGAACAAGUGGAUGGCAAACCUGUUGAUCCACCUGGUGCCUGACUACACCUCUUCUGAAACACUUCCAUUGACUGAUGCCGAAACUGCCAGGCAGGCAGAGCAGAAGAUCUUCAACAUGUUCAAUCUGGAAGGCGAAGGGAUGGGUUUGGCUGCAAAGCUGAGCAAAUUCUCUUGUUACAUGGUCAGCUGUUGCAAGGAGAUGGUCGCAUCCAUAACACGUAAGCAGAUGGCUGCCCUUGAACCAGAUGCAGAUUAUGAACUGCAGGAGCUGGAGAAGGUCAAGACUGAGUGCUUGGAUUGGAUUGAAACCUGCACCCUUCUCAUAUCUGCAAUGAAGUCCUCUCCCACUACAUUAAUUAGCAAAGAUGAGCUGGUCAACCUGUUUGGGUCAGAGGCGCUCCAGCCACAGCGGAAGCUCCCCCCUCGGCCGGGGCAUGACAUGAAGACAUCCUCCCUUGCUCAGUCCUCAGGGGUCCUGGAGGAAGAGGAAGCAGCAGCGAAAAAGGAGGCAACUGUGGAAAUGGAGAAGGAGGUCCCUGCACUUGGAACCGUCACUGAGGAAAAGACUGGAGGCCCUGAGAUUGCUUACCCAGUAAGAUACAUUGGUGACGACUGGAACGUGCACGUCAAAUCUAUGAGUGCGGAGGAAGUCACCGUCUCAGGGCGGGAGUUGUAUGCCGGGAAGUGGACCACUGCAUACUCCAAAAAGGAAUUCGAGAUGCUGGCUUCACUGGAAAUCCUGGAGGAGCGGCUGCUAGAGGCUGAAAAGCGUGCACAACAAGCAGAAGAAAAAUCAGAGAUCCUUCAUGAGGAGUUGGAACAAGCUCUGUCAAAAAUAAAUGACCUGGAGGGUGAAGCACCAGCACUGAAGACUGCUGCAAAAACACCUGAAUCUGAACCAGAAGCUUCUGAGAAAAAGCCAGGUGCAACUUCCCCACCUACUUCUACUAAAACAUCCACACCCCGUACGAAGAAAUCCGGCAAACUCAAACGUUGAGGGGAGAGAGUCCAAGGAAGCCUUUGGCCUCUGCCUGUGGUUGACAUGGGACGCAGUGUGAAGGCUGCAGGACUGCAGGAGCUGCUGCAGGAGCUGCUGCUUGAGGUUUUCCCAGUUUUGUUAGAAUUCUAGUACAGUACAUGGACAGGAGUUGACCAAAUGUGGUGGAAUUCUUUUCCAAGUGUUAUUGUUUAUUCAGACAGUAUCCAUGGGUCAUGCUGGGGUGGCCCUAAUGUUGCAGCCUCUUAGGCCAUCCCUAAAGCCUGCCAUGAAGCGAAAGCCUUCUGAAAUUUAGGGACAUGCCAGGAAAGAGCAGCCCAUUCAGACCUCUCAUGCUGGAUCUGACAAGAGAGAUCUCUUGCUGCUUCUGGGCUGCAAGGUGAGAACCUGGUUCCUUCCCUCUGCCAAAUCCUCAUGGACGUGAAGCUUCAGGGGAGGGGAAAGUGAGUUCCUCAUCUCCCCUCAAGUGCUCUGUUUGGGGUUCCUUCUUCUGUGCACACAGCGCUAGUGCCUCGUCAAACCCUGAUUUUUUAGGAACGGAAGUAACUGGUUUUGGCUUGCCAAAAUUCCUGAUAACUGAUUCAGAUUUUAGAUUAAUUUGGAGUCUAUACUUUUUCUGUCCAGCAUUGCAUCUGUUUCACAAAGUUGUCCAAAGAAAUUCAUCUUAGAGAACAGCAAA